AUGUUCCUUGUGAACGCGUCUGUUGCCGGUGCUUGUGGCGCGCUCUCCGGUGUGGUCGGAAAACUUGCUGUGGAGUCCAGCCGCGUCCCGUCGCUGGUGCGGAGCGGUGGCCUCUACCUGCAGCUGGACCUGGCCACCAUGGAGAUGGUGCAGGCUGUCGUGCCAUGGCUGCUGCGCAUCGUUUUCUUUCUCAUGAACGCCAUUCUUACGGGAUCGAUGUGGCGCUUCUACUUGAAGGCACUCUCGCAAGGUCCGACACCAGUGUGCCAGAUCCUGAAUACUGGCACGAACUUCGUGGUGAGCGCGCUGGCUGGGCUUGUGUUUUUCGAGGAGGAGGUGACACCGAUGUGGGGUGCUGGUGCGCUCUUGAUUGUCUUGGGCCUGGCGCUGGUAGUGUCCGACCCGCAAGUGAGCGUCUGA